AUGGCUCACCCGGCCGACCUGGACGCCCGCCAACCCAGUGCCCAUGUCGCCAGUCCCGUUGAGCCAUCUACGCCCGAGGAGGUUGGGCCUCCGCCGCUGUCCUCGCAAGUGACUCUGCCGUCUACCGAGAUGCCUGGAUCGCCAAUCGACCCGAAUGAAUCUUUCAAAACCGAGGCCAAUGAUGAGCAGCCAGCUACCAUGGUGAUUCCCUCGUCUCUGACCCCUCCGCCAUCCACUCAGGUCGCCGCCCACAACAAUGCGAGACGAGCAGCAUUUUCACAGCCACAGCAAUCCGCGCUUUACUCUCCGCCCGCUACCAUCCUGAAUAACAUCCGUGACCGAGAAUUCGGCACCGAGUACGCCCCGCCGUCUCCCCGUCAGGUCCUCGAGGCCCCAGCCGACGAGUUGAGGUGCAUGCUCCAGACGUCCAUCGCCGAACAGCAGAAGCUGAAGAUGGAAACGGCGCACCACAAGCUGCAGUACAACUUGCUGAGACUCCAAGCAGAGGACGACGCCAAACGUGCGGCCGUGGAGCACGAAAUGAUUCGGAGGGAGGUGGACGCUUUACGGAUGGCAGAACACUCCCGGCAGGCGAAACGGGAGCUCAGCAUAUCGUCCGAUUCCACGCAGGCCAAGUAUCUGCAGAUGAAAACGUGGUACGAGGCCGCCAUGGAAGAGAACGAGACCCUGUGCCGCCGGCUGAAGGUCGCCAAGAGAAUUAUUCAGCAGAAGGACGAGGAGGCCAUGUGCCUGACGGAGGAGAGGGACCUCCUUUUGACUCGCAUCAGAGAGAACAGAGAGCACUUCCACAUGCUGUGCAGCCCUGGCGGGAUAUUUCACAGCGCUCUGACCCCGAAACAGCAACAUGUUUCCACCCCUCAGCGGUAUCAUCGCGUACCGCAGGGAGCUCCGCACCACACUCCGCGAUCCUCGCAAAGGGAGCCCACGGGCGGCCGCGAACAUGGCCUCUCAGCCUUGCUGCAGGCCAUGAGCCAGAGUCAGGAUGGCAACAACAACAACAACAACAACAACAACAGCGCCCCGUCGACGCCGAUGACGUCUCACCGAGCCGUGCAGAAACACUCUGGGAGGCACAGCCGCAAUGCGCAGUCCAUGUCAUCACUGCCUGCUACGCCCGUCAGCCGAUCUCGAGACGGCGGCCUGUUGCCAUCCGCUGAUUUGGUGCCGCAAACCGAGCCUCGCCACCGCCACACCGAGCAGCAGUAUGUGCCGACGACCCCGACCCCGAAGCGGGCUCGACGACGAAAAAGUCGAGAGAGUACCAUCUCGGCCGAGGACAAUGAAGAGCUGGCAAGGCAAGCGUUGGAGUCGGUCGAGGCUAUGCAAUCAUUCACGUAUCACGGAUCCGGAUGUGCACCGCAGACAUCACGUCAACAACAACGCAGAGCAAACGAGGUGGACGACGAUGAGGAGGUAUUUGACAGCCAGGCGAGUCAAGUGGCGACGGAGAUGCUGCGGCGUCGUCCGGGUCGAAGCUUCGGAGUGGGCGGCUCGGCAGGGUCUCGGGAGGGAUCUUCUGGGGCCGACGCUGGGGCCGGGCCUGUUGAGAGAUCCGCCAAGUUGCAGGCCAGGCUCCUGUCGGAUUUCAGGGGUGAAGGUGGCGCGACGGACAAGCGCAAGCUCAGCGGGAACGCAUUGGCGGCAGACGAUUCGCGACGUGAGCACGGGACUCCCCCGAAGAAGCUCAGAGUUGGGUCGAUGACGGAGGAGCAGCGAGUGGGACUCGGAAUACAAUACGGCAGGUGA